AUGGUCCCUCCUCGAACGCAAGCGAUUCAAUGCGAUUCAAAAUACCUAUGGCUAACCAAAUCUGUAUUACAAGAAGGAAUGCCUGAAGUUUAUGAUGAAAGCGUAACUGAAGCAACCCUCAAACGAUUAUCAUCUUAUUUACAUAAAUCAAUACUACAAGCUAAGCUAUUUCAAAUAGAAUCCAAUCAUCGCUCCAAAGCUGAACCUUUCGCUCAGGGUUUACUACAAGAUAUCAUGAGAAUUUUUUGGUCAAUUAAUCCACUGGACGAGCAUCCCUACAUGAGUAAGGCUUCGUUAGCCUAUCGGCCGACAAUCGCUGCUUAUUGGACGCGUGAUUUUGAAAUGUUUCAAAUUGAAGAUCGUCCAACGUAUGUUUUAAGAUGCAAAUUUCCACUAGGCAAAUUUGCUGAACCCAAGAUAGAACAACUUCGACCCGCUAAAUAUUUACCUGUUGGCGAUCUAGGCUUAUUCAAGAGGCAUGUUCAUCUUGAUAGCUUUCCCGGUUAUAAAAUUGGUAAUCCAUUGCCUUAUAUUCACACACAGAUAAUUAUUGAUAGAAAAAGUUAUAAAAGUGAACAAACGAUAGCUCGAGGAAUUAUAUCGUCUUUUGCACAGUUGGCUGCACAUGCACAGAAUAAGGAUGGUAAACUAGGUCAAAGCUUAAAGCAUCCUUUAUGUUGUCAAACUAUUAUAACUAAUGGUCAGCAAUUUACUUUUAUGUGUUAUCAAUUGAAUACUUUAAAGACAAACAACAUUGAAAAAGGCCUUGUAAAUAUGGCCUGGGCUUCUGAUACAAUGGAUCUUUUCAGUAGUUACAAUGGAGAAAUCGAUAUUAAUGAAAAGUGUUUGAAAUAUAUUGCUCAGUUUUUUGUUAAUAAGCCUAUACCUUUCAAGGUGAUUAAAAAAAAAUCUGUUAAAGCGUCGGAAGAAGUUGUACAAUGA